UGACAGUCUGAGCACCGACCGCAUCUCUGCGCGUCUCUGUUUGCGCUUAUCUUUCAUUUGUGUGUAAAAACGGGGGUAAAACGAGUCCGUGUGGCGCUAAUACACGGGUUCUAACAUCGUAAAGGGAAUAUUCCGAGGGUUUUAGUGCUGAGAAGUGAGGACAGGAGGCGGAUGCUCGGAAAACACAUAAACACUCUCCUGAAUCGUUCAGCGUCUCUGCGGUGAUGCUGCAUCUGUUCUGAACCCCUGCAACUGAGAACUGUCCCCCACACUUCUGAUCCACGAUGGCCACCCUGAAGAGCAGCUCCGAGGGCAAGAUAGCCGGCCUGUACGAGCUGGAUCGCUCGCUGGGGAAAGGCCACUUUGCCGUUGUGAAGCUGGCACGGCACAUUUUCACCGGGCAGCUGGUAGCUGUGAAAAUCAUCGAUAAGACAAAGCUGGAUGGCAUGGCGAUGGGCCACCUGCUGCAGGAGGUGCGCUGCAUGAAGCUGGUGCAGCACCCGAACGUGGUGCGUCUGUAUGAAGUGAUCGACACGCACACCAAACUCUUCCUGAUCCUGGAGCUGGCCGACGGCGGCGACCUGUACGACUACAUCCUGCGGCACGAGGGCGGGGUCGCCGAGUGCACCGCCAAAGUGCACUUUGCUCAGAUCGUCCGUGCCAUCGCGUACUGUCACCGGCUGCAUGUGGUGCACCGGGACCUGAAGCCUGAGAACGUCGUGUUCUUCCGCCAGCAGGGAACCGUUAAACUUACCGACUUCGGGUUCAGUAACCACUUCCAGCCUGGUACCAUGCUGGUAACCAGCUGUGGAUCUCUGGCCUACUCAGCUCCUGAGAUACUGCUAGGAGAGGAGUACGAUGCCCCCUCUGUGGAUAUCUGGUCUCUUGGAGUGAUCCUGUUCAUGCUGGUGUGUGGACGACCACCGUUCCAGGAAGCCAAUGACAGCGAGACUCUAAUCAUGAUCAUGGAUUGCCGUUACAUGGUUCCCGAUCACGUCUCUGCAGAGUGUAAAGAUCUGAUCUCACGGAUGCUGCAGCGAGACCCGUCUAAGCGAGCUCCUCUGCAUGAGAUCGAGUCUCAUCCGUGGCUGCAGGGUGUGGAUGCAUCUCCAUCACCAGUCUCCUCUCAGUGCAGCCUCUCUGCUCAGGAGCACCAGCUCAUCCUGCAGGCCAUGAUUUCAGGAAACAUUGCAGACAGAGACACCAUACAGGAAGCUUUGGAUGCUGACCUCUACAACCACAUUACAGCCACAUACUACCUGCUAGGAGAACGUAUUCUACGAGACAAGCAGGAGCUGAAUGAGGAAAAACCCACACAGAGGCCCUUUUCUGAGCCAUUGGACUUAGUGGAUGGCCAGGGCGCUCAGGCGAAUGCACUUAAAGAAACAUCUCUGGCUCCUGUGGCCUUGUUGGGGUCUGUAUCUCCAGGAUUUCCCAGACGGGGUGUGUGUGAGUCUGGCGACCUGCUGGCCCCCAAAUCCAGCCGUCAGGACACGUCCUUUAGCGACUUUGUUAGCCCAAGCUCCUGCCUUGGUCUCAGUCUUCGCUCGGUGGCACCAGACCCAACUCCAGUGGUCAAAAGUCUUGGAGCCCUGCAUCAGAUUUGUGAGGAAGAGGAGGAGGAUAAUGAAGAAGAAGAAGCUCAACCUGUUGUACAAACUGGAAAAGUUGGCUUCGUACCUUUAGUAUCAUCUUCUUUGGAAACAUCUCCAAAACAUUGCUUAGUAUCACAGGCCCCGAGUAGCCAAGAGCAGCUGAAGAUAAAAACAAAAGACGGAAGCAAAGAGCCUGGACUUUGUUACAAACUGUCAGAAGAGGAAGAACUUCAGUUGGAAGACGAGGGCUGUGAUAAAGAGCAGAAAUCCCAAAGUGUAGCAGAAAAACAUCAGGGGGACAAAAAUAGUAAAAAGGAAUGGUCUCAGAUGGAGAAGUACUGCAUAGAGGACACUGAAAAAGUCUCAGACAAGGUUAAAAACAUGGAACAGAUGAAACAGGUCCUUCAGAAUCUUGAUGGACAUCCACCAGCAGACCACCAUCUACCAGCUGAAGAAAUCAGCAAAAAAGAAACCUCUGACAGGACUGAAGAUAAGAACCAGAAAGCUCUUAAGGGGCUACAAAGACCUUCAUCAACUAUCAAGCAUGAUGGGAGGAACCUUACUGAGGAAACAAGCAAAUUUAAAGAUGAAGACCAAAAGGACCAGCACCUUCAAAAGCUAGAUAGACUGUCAUCAACUUCCCAAACUUCUAACAAGCUUGAAGAUGAUAAACAAAAGGACUUUCAGAAAACAUACCCUCAGGUGAGGGAAAAAAGGCCAACUGAGGACACGAAGACAGCAGAACAGUUCUCAGACAAGGCUGACAUUAAAAAACACAAUGAGCCUCAGAAAAUAGCAAUUCAGACCAAAAACCUCAAAGAGGAUUCAAGGAAAUCUGCAACAGCCUUAAAUGCAGCUGACGCUCAGAGAAAAAACGACUUUCAGAAAAUAAAAGGACCUAUUUCAGAGGUGCAGGCAAAAGAGAGGAAGCACACUGAGGAACAUGGGAAAGCAGGACCAGUUUUAGACAGAAUUAAAGAUGGGAUUCAUCAGAAGUUGAAUGAACCAACAGCAAUUUCUCAGACUAAAAGUGGGAACCACACUGACGCACCAAGAAAAGCACGAAACUCUUCUGACAGGGCUGAUGAGGAGAGAAAGAAGGACCUUCAGAAAAUAAAUGUACCUUUAUCAGUUGCUCAGAAAAAAGAGGGAAACCAAACAGAAGAACUGAUGAAAGCAGGAAAAACAUCACACAAGACUGACAAUGAGAAUCAAAUGAAUUUUCAGAUAAAAAACAGACCCCCGACUGCAGCCCUGACUAAAGUAACCCAUCCUGAAGAACUAAGAGAAGCAGAACCUGCCUUUAGAGCUAAAGAUAAAAAACAGAAUAACCAGAGCAUUCAGAUACUAGACAGAUUUUCACCAUCGACUAGACUUGAUCCUGUUCAGUGCUGCUGGGGCCAGAGCGACUCUUCCAGCGAGAACCUGGAGGACAACAACAACACUCCAUCCAAGCCAAGGCUGCAGGACACCAGUAUUAUUUUUGCCCCCUGUGCCUCUCCGCGAUUUCUUCCCAAGAACCACUGUGUGGAUCUGAGACCGGAUGGGGUGGAGACCCGCAAAGUGGGUGUAGAAUGUGAGAAGACAGAGGAGGUACACGCCAAACCUCAGCAGGGUCAGCGUGAAUCCAGAGACGCCGGCACAGACACCAACAAGAACAAGAACGUGAACCUGCGAGAGCGUCUACUGCAGAUACCGCUCUGCGAGAAAGCCCUGUCUUUUAACAUCCAGCCCACGUCCAAAGAGAAACUGCUUCCGUUUGCGCAGUACAACUGCUGUCAUGUCCUAUAGGGGAAGGCCUCCAGCUCGAAAUCCCAUCAUGCUUGUGGAUCAAGUCCCUGAUUUCCUUUCGAACACAGCACGUCCUCAUCUUCUACUGUGACCACAGUGGUGCUCGGCUGAACACAAAGCCACGUCUUACCGUACAUGCAUAGCUGCUCACGUCCCUUUCCCAGCAUUCUCUGCUGCUUUCCUGUGUGGCGGCUAGUCUCCCAGUGCUGCUGUGUCUAUAGUCUACUGGGAUCUGCAGAUAUUUAAGCUAUUUCACUGAGCUUUAUUAGAACUAGCGUAGGUCUUGGUAGUAGGAGCCCUCUGUUUGAUGAAUACAAUUGCUUGUCAUUUUGCCCUGUAAUGGCUUUUCUAGAGCAGAGCUUCACUUGAGUAGAUGUUAAGAGUAAUGUAGCACACAAGACGAAGUAAUAGUUUGAUGAAAUGGAUUAUUUUAAGUUCAUACCAUUUUUGCUUGGGGAAAUGUGGGAUGCUGCGGUUCUUCCUCGACCAGGUCUGUGUCAGUAUUUCCAAAACGCCAUGUGUAUUAAUAGCGACAAUAAUAAAAGCAAUAGUGGCGGAAUUAAGUAGUGCAAUAGAACACACAGCUUCACAGGUGAGGCGAAGUUAGUCCCUUCCAUGUUCAAAGCCCAGAAAAUGACCAAGUUACCAUUACUGGUUAAUGGGUUUUACUUAUGUACAAAAUGGAAAGACCUAUUACACAUGCAACAAUGGUGGCUCAACAGUAAGGGUACUGGAUUGCAAUACUAAGGUUGAGGGGUUUCAAUCCCCACGCCCAGUUGCUUGAAUUGUAACUCGCUUUGGAUAUAAAUGUCUGCCAAAUACUGAAAAGUAUCAAAAAGCCCAGAUUGCCAGUCUCUCUGUGUAUGUCAGUCCCAGUUAGGGAGGUGUGGUUCUUUAGGAUGUCAGUCACAAGGAGGCGCUCUCUCUGGUGCUGUCAGUUCCAGUGAAGACGACAUAGGCUUUGUGUCUGUCAGUCCCAACUGAGGCUUCAGCUCUGUGCCUGUCAGUACCACCUGAGGCUCCGGCUCUGUGCCCGUCAGUCCUAACUGAGGUUCCGGCUCUGUGCCUGUCAGUCCCAACUGAGGCUUCGGCUCUAUGCCUGUCAGUCCCAACUGAAGCUUCGGCUCUGUGCCUGUCAGUACCAACUGAGGCUUCAGCUCUGUGCCUGUCAGUCCCAACUGAGGCGCCGGCUCUGUGCCCGUCAGUCCCAACUGAGGCGCCGGCUCUGUGCCCGUCAGUCCUAACUGAGGUUCCGGCUCUGUGCCUGUCAGUCCCAACUGAGGCUUCGGCUCUGUGCCUGUCAGUCCCAACUGAGGCGCCGGCUCUGUGCCCGUCAGUCCUAACUGAGGUUCCGGCUCUGUGCCUGUCAGUCCCAACUGAGGCUUCGGCUCUGUGCCUGUCAGUCCCAACUGAGGCGCCGGCUCUGUGCCCGUCAGUCCUAACUGAGGUUCCGGCUCUGUGCCUGUCAGUACCAACUGAGGCUUCAGCUCUGUGCCAGACAGUCCCAACUGAUUUUCCGGCUCUGUGCCUGUCAGUCCCAACUGAGGCUUCGGCUCUGUGCCUGUCAGUCCUAACUGAGGUUCCGGCUCUGUGCCAGACAGUCCCAACUGAUGUUCCGGCUCUGUGCCUGUCAGUCCUAACUGAGGCUCCGGCUCUGUGCCAGACAGUGCCAACUGAUUUUCCGGCUCUGUGCCUGUCAGUACCAACUGAGGCUGUCCACUAGGACUGACGGGCACAGAACCAGAGCACCUACUGGGACUGUCACUUCUAAAGUCCAUACAGAAUCCAAUUCAUACUUUUGUUAGGUCCUAAAACCUCAUGGCAUCAGUGUAUUGUGACUCACUACCAUGUAAGAAACAUCAUCCAGAGCUCAGUGGCCUAACAGUGGCAACCUGGCGAAGCUUGAACAAACAACCUUUGAUUACUAGUCCAGUACCUUAACCGCUGAGCUACCACUGAAUAAUCAUACAUGUUGGGCCUUGGAGAAGUUGCAUGUCAUUGGCACUAUUAGCACUAUAACAAACGCCCCUGUUUCCCUGUGUGUUGGAUUUAGAGUGCAUGAGACAUGGACACAUAUACAGGAGCAUGCUACAUUAGCACAGUUUAGCCUAGUAUUCACAUCACAAUAACAGUGAUGUCUGACCAGUAAAAGACAUGGAACUUUUGUCUGACCAGUGAAAGACGUGGAACGUAUCUGUGAUACCGUUUUCUAAGAAUAAAGGACUUAAUUGUGGGUGAAAGACUUUGAAAAGGACAUGAAUUGACAAGAGAAGACAGGUCUUCCGAAAGCUAUUUUUUGAUCCUCGUUUCAUAUGCUUAUAAUGCAUAUGAAAUGCUUAUUACAGUGUUACAGAAUUCCUAUCUUAUUAAGGGUAUGGCGGAAACAUGGUGACUUCAUAUCAUUCAUCAUUUUUUUGUUGUUGUUUAUUACACAAGAGGACCAUGUUGAGUGUGAGAGUGUUGGACAUUCCUCUUGUUACUGUCGAGCGAGCAGCUCUGCUGGUAUAAGCUCUUGGACGCAUCUGGUCAUGUACAGUGUGUAUAUAUUCUUUUGAGCAUGUGUUAUUAUCUAUGAAUAUGCUAUUGACAUGAUAUUGUGUUUUGACUUCACAUACCAUUCAACAAAACUAGCUUUUAAUCAAGACGUACAAAAGUGAAGGGAGAAAAACCAACAGUAGCAUUUUAAAUUGUGAGGCUGUAUAAAAAACAUUUAGGAAGGCGGAUUUAAAAGUUUAAAGUUGUCGCUUUACAGUCGGGUUACUGUGAAAAUAAGGCUUAGCAUAGUGCAAGUGUUCGCUUAAUGCAAGUCUUUUGGUCUUUAGUUGCUAAUGCGUACACCUGAAUCUGCCCGGGUCUUGAAUAAGAGGCAGAUGUAUAGCUAUAAAAAUUUACAUCUGUAGUAGUUAUCAUCUUUCUGCUCGUCAGUAAAUCAUAUUUUCCGGACUAUAAGGUAGUAUAACAGUAGGUUUUCCUCUCGAAUAUUUAAAAAUCCUUAGACUCAGACCAGUAUUGGUGGUGGUGUUUCAUUUUUAUCAUGUGACAUCACUCAGUGAACAAUGGCCAUUCAGUGGUAAUUCUGUGUCCGAGCACAAUGAGCUGUCUAUUUGUUUAUAAGUAAACAUAUGACUGAACAUUGCUUAAGGCUGACCAACUUCUAAUAAUCUGUCUAUUGUAUAUCAGGGUCAGUGUGGCACUUUUAGUAGAGAUGUAAUCUAACACAUCCAUUUAGAUUAGAAAAUACCAAAGCCUAUGAUGUCCUUUUAAUUGCUGCAUUUUUUCAGCCAGAUGAACUAUCAUCCAUUACAAUGACAAGUAGCGCACAGGUGUGAUUUACUUGCUGCGACCCAAACCACAUAGAUUGAACCCAAAAGGCACCGAUUCAAUAAAAUUCAAAGUUGCUCGCACCCAAUUAGUACUUUUAUCUAAUCUACAGUUCAAAUCCCAGCUCUGCCAUGCAGCCAAUGUUGGGCCCUUAAGCAAGGCCCUUAACCCUCUGUUCCAGGGGCGCCGUACAGUGACCCUGCGCUCUGACCCCAGUUUCCUAACAAGCUGGGAUACGCAAAGAAAGAAUUUUGUUGUGCUGUACGUCUUUAUAUGUAUAUAUAACAAAUAAAGGCAUUCUACUCUGUUCUAUUCUAAAACCAAAAAUGUCCAGGCUUAAGAAAAAUCUAACCCAGUACAUCGAGAUCUCAGUAAUUCAACCUUUUGUCUUUCAGUUGAAAAGUCAGUGAUAAGAGACAAAUCUCAUCACACAGCAACAGCAAGCAUCUCCUUAUUACAGGCACUGAUAUAAUAAUGCACAGACUGCAUUCUGAAAGCCAUCUUGUGCACAGUGUGAAUGUGAAAUAUAAACAAGAAGGUUUAUAUUUCUGUCUUUUCAUUUAAAUGCAGCACAAUUUUUAGAAGCUAAAGUUUGUGUCUAAUAUCACUACUAAGCCACUUAUGUAAUGAUGCCACUUACAGUACGGAAAAUGUGCUUUUCAUGUCACGUUGUCGAACACUUAUAGACACAAACUACAGACUUGGCUUAACAUCCGUCUAUUAAAAAGAACUAGCGCAAAAAUGUUAAUAAUGCAAAUACAUGGCUAAAACCAACAACAACCACCAACACGGGGUUCAUACAAGUAGAUUCAUUCAGAGUAGAUAUAAUCAUGCGUCUUUACUCAUCCUCACCACGACCUUCAGCCAUGUAAUGUAUCAGUGAUUCAGGAACAGGUAAAAGGAAAACACUUUUAUGUUAUAUAGAAAGUAAAUAAUCCAAACCCAACACAAAAUAGGUUUUAUUUUUAAUAAGGACUGAUGCAUUGUCACAGUCUCACAUAAACGUAAUGACUACAUUAGCUCUCCUUUAAAGAACCUUGAUCAUUCAGCAAUGACGUGAUCAGCACUUCAAGGUCUUUAGUUCUGCACUGGUGCAACAAAUGUCAUAACAAGACUCGUCAAUCAAAAUCUUUUUUUAAUAAAUAAAAGGCCAUAAAGUCACUGUAAAAUCUACACAUAUAAACAAUGAUUUAGUUAUAAUGGACAACAACAGGAACUGUGCACAAGGUUUAAAGGCAGAAUUGUCUUGAAAAGCAGGAAGAGUUGACAAAACUUUAUUUUAAAAUGACAUUGUGACAGUACGAUCUUCUUAACAGAGACUUUCUAUGGAGACCAUUUGAAUGAGAUUGUUCAUAUUGUUACUCUUAGUAGGCAAUCGCUCAUAAAAUGUAGGAAUAAAUUAAUUGAUAAAACUUCUGAGCUCUUUUGGCUGAAUGAAUGAUCAAUGACUUUAUAGCAGUAAAUUAGUGCACCUUGUGUUGGUGUUGUAGCCAUAAUUCUAAACAUUUAGUACUGAUCUGCCCCCCUUAAAUGUGUUGCAAGGUGUAUAAUUAUUAUUCCACAUAUUACUAGACAGGUAUUACGUUACUCGUUUGUUAGGUACAUAAGCUGCACCAGUGCAAAACUAAAUGUCAAACACUGCACAUGUCUAGACUGACUUACUGUGUUCACUAUCAGCUAAAAUAUAUACACGUUCUGUACACUCUUUUGAAUGUGUUGUAAAGCAAAAACCUGUACCUGUACUACUUCUAUUCUUAUGUUUCAUGACUGCAGGCUGCUCUGAACCAGCUACACCUGCAAGAAGGAGGUAGAUUUACAUAUUGUUUGCUUAUUUCACUUGUCAUUUUACUUUUCAUUGUCAUUAGUCUCCAGUUUUACCAAUCGAAUCACUCCAUGGGGUAGAAUGACAUCCGGGUAUGUCUCCACUCCCACUGACCCUUAUAAAAACAAUUACUCUGUCUCAAUGAGAUUAAUUUAUUUUUGUAUUUAUUUAUUAAAAGUGAUUGAACCGAAGAA